CUUCCCCCUCACCCGAACCCACGGCGGCCCAGCACACCAGCAGCCCGCUGAUCCCGGGCCUCUGGUCAGGGGUUCUGUCCCCGUGCCCUCGGACUGCAAUCGCUGUCACGGGGGUCCUGACAUGGUGUCAACCUGGCACCGAACUGUGCACGGGAAAAGCGGACGAAGCGUUUCAGCUUCUCACCGCCUGGCAGCAAGGGAGGAAACGUGGCUGCCCCGUCCCCGCCCGCCGUACCCAGCAGCGCCAGGAGGAGGCUUGGCCAGGGCUACCGGCCACAGCGGGGAGGAAAGCAAGCCGUCAGGGCGGCCGUCCCUCGGCCCUACGGCGGAGGAGGGGACGGCGGCAGAGCCGCCACCCCCGCGGCGGCGGCCGGUUGCCCGGGCGAAGGAGACCCCAGGCAGCAGCCUCCGCGCGAACAAAAUGGCGGCGGGCGGCGGCAGCGCGGUCCGGCGUGGCGGGGGCCUGCCCGGGGUGCGGAGACCGCCCGGCGGCCCCCCGCAGCCCGCCGCCGCGGCGACCGGCGUGCUGAGCGGCGACUUGCUGGCCAAGGAGGAGGAGUACAAGCGACUGAAUGCAGAAUUAGAAGCAAAAACAGAAAAACUGGUGCGUCAGGCUGAAGAAGUAAUUGCAGGCCAACAGGAGAUACUAUCUAGACCAGUUUCAGUACAGACUAAGUCAUGUGAAGACAACAGACAGAGAGGUCCACUCUGUCCUGAAGUUUCAUCUCUUACACACUUACAUGCUGAGCUAGCAAACAAGAAGAAACGUGCUUCCAUGCCCAUGGCUCAGAGCAGACCAUACUCUGGAAGUAAGGGAAAAAGAACAACUUCAAGUUCAAAAAUAAGAAACGUGGAAGUACAAAGUGCUGAUGAUGUUGCAGUACUGGAGGAUUGCAUGGAUUUUUCUUUAGCAAAAACAAUAAGCAAGAUUGAAGAAAAACUAGAGAAAAGAGGCUUACCAGAUUGUCUAGAUGAUGAUAUUAUUCCAAGCGUUGGAAAUGAAAUUGGAGCAGAAGCUCAAAUCAGAUUUCUUAAGGCAAAGUUAUGUGUUAUGCAGGAAGAGCUGAAUAGUGUCGUGUGUGAAUGCAGGAAAAAGGAUGAUGAAAAUCAGAAUUUAAAAACUCGGCUUAAAAGUACUGAAGAAGAAAACACCAGACUGCAACGAACAAUCAAUAUGCAACAUUCUCAGACUGAAAAGUACAAAAUGUUGUCACAAGAAGCAAACAAAAAAAGUGAAGGGCUACAACAAGAGGUCAUUGCGCUAGAAAAGGUGUUUGGUCUCUGUGAACAUUUCUGCUGGAACACCCACCACAGGCAACAGCUGAAUUCUGAUGCUCCCCGAAACUUCCAUCCUCUUUUCAGCAUUCCUCUUUUUUUCCAUCUAGUUGGUCCAAUAAAUGAUAUCACCUCUCCUGUCUUUUUUCACCACCUGUCUACAAGAACAUUCCUUCCUCUGUGUUCUCUCUCACUUGUUAAUUCAGUCUAGCGAUAAUGUUAGAUAAAGGUCAGGGAAACACUGAAGUAGUGCUCUUACUCCUUUUAAGGCUUUGUGCAGGGAUUUUAUAAUUUGCCUUGAAAAAGGGCUUGAUGUUAAGCAAACAUUCUCUCUCAAAUGUUUUUGGGGGUGGACAGGUGUUGCUGAGCUUUCUAAAGAUAGAAGUGCUGUGUGUGCUUGCUACUGGGAGGAAAGAAAGCUUGCUAGGAGGGUUAGUCAUGGACGAGCUCUCCGGUAUCACACCCCCCUAUUGAUAUUCAAAUGCCCCAGCCAUGCCGGAACAGUGGAGAAAAUCCAGAGAUUGAAAUGGGAUGCAGUUUUAGAACACAUUAGUUUUUUUCUCCUUCUUAGAGAAACAUAUGAGAAAAUUAAUCCAGCUUUUACUUAAAGUAUUGAAGAAUUGGCAGAAAUCUUGCCUACUUACAAAAUAAAAUACUUAUUUCAGGCAUUUUUAAGAUGAAAAACUUGGAGUCAAAUAUAUUUAACAAUAUACCUUCACUGGAUGAUUUGCAAGCAAGUCCUUGAUAAGGUAUUACAUGUGACAGUAAGUGUCAAAGAGCCCUAAAAGUUUUAUUAGAAUUCUUUCAUUAAAUUAUAUGAUUAGCUGAUAUGUAAUUUGCAUUGCAUGCAGACCAUUUUUUUGGUCAUUAAAUGCUUGAAAGGCUAUAUUCCAAAGCUUUUCAUAUUAAUGCAGAAUAAAAUACCUAGCACAGAAGAUUUAGUUGACUCUAUUCACAGCUCCAUUAUCUUGAUACAGGACAAAGAGGUUUGCGUGCUGUGCAGCUUGUUUUCUUUGGAAACAUGGGUGUCAGUUUCCAGCAAAUGAAUUUGCAUUCCCUGAUGACGCACCUGCACGUGUUCCAGGGAGGGGUGCUGCUGCCCUACUAGCCAGGCUUUUACCCAUCUUUUUUUAAUCAAUCAGAUGGACAGGCUAGUCAUAAAAUAAAACUGUUGAAGCAACAUCUGUUUUUGUGAACUCUUGGAGGAGACACAUUCACCAACAGAGUUUUGGAGGAUUAGUGAGAUGCAUCUUACUCUCCUGUUUUCUUCAUCCAUUUUGGAGAAGAUUCAAAGCUUCCCAGAAAUACCUCUUCCAGCCAUAACUUUACCAGAACGUCUUUGCUGCAUACACUUGUCAAUUAGUAUGUAUUUCUUGGAGAAAUUAUGUGGAAAUCAUAAGUAACCACCACAAGAGCUGGUGUGGAAUUGAGAAACUAGAACAAUUACUCAGAAAUAAGGCAGUCUGAGGGCAAAAGGUUAAUGACAAGCCCCCUGUCUACCCUGAUUUGGUUAAAGGAAUCUUUCUGUGCCCAUUACUAAAAAUUUUUUUUAAAAAGUCUGUUUCUUUUUCACAAAUGACAAGAUGUGCUCUUUCUGCCAGAAUUGUUUAUUUCUUCUACUUUGUCUUUUAUCUAUAUUCCCUGAUCUUUAAUCUCAUUAUUCUGUUCCUCAACUUGGUCUCUUUUUCUCAUUUCCCCACUUACAGGACUAUGAAAUACUAUCAUCAGAGGAAAGAGGGAACUGUUUUGAUUGUUGCCAUAAACAGUUGAUGAACUACUUUCUGCUAGAUGAAAUAGUUACUACCCUCAGCCAUC